GCUACGGCGAAAUCCCCGACUCAGCGAAAUCUUUGUGGCGCAAUUUGCUGCAGCAGCAGCUGCCCCCAGACUACCUCUCGUGGCUGCAGUUUGCCGUCUUUGGCCUGGGAGACAGCCGUUAUAUGGAAUUCAAUUUUGCUGCUAUUAAAUUCUCAAAGAGACUGCAGCAACUGGGAGCGCAGCAAAUACUUCGAUUAGGACUUGGAGAUGAGCAGCACGACUUUGGCUAUGAAGGAGAAUUGGACCCGUGGCUGCUGCUGCUGCUGCAGCAGCUUCCGCAGCAAGCUCCGCAGCUUUUUACCAGCAGCAGCAGCAGGAGCAGCAAGGACAGCAGCAGCAGCAGCAAGGGCAGCAGCGCCAGCAGCCCUGAUGAAGAGGUGUGGCUUCCGCCCCCCAUUUACAAAGCAGAAAUUGUGCAGCCAGCAGCAGCAGCAGCAGCAGCAGCACAAACAGCAGCAGAAGUAGCAGGAUCAGACACAGCAGCAGCAGAAACAGAUGCAGCAGCAGCAGCAGCAGCAGUGGGUGGACAGCUGCCUUUGGUGCAGCGCAUAAAGCUCCUGCAGGCAGGCCCGCAGCCCCAGCAGCAGCAGCAACAGCAGCAGCUGCAGCAGCAGCAGCCGCAGCAGCCGCAGAUUAUGUACGCGCAAAUAAUCAGCAGCAAAAGGAUAACAUCUCCGCAGCACUUCCAGGUUGUGCAGCAGAUAAAGGUGAGCUCCAACCAGCAGCAGCUGCAGCAGCAGCAGCAGGAGUUGCAGCAACCACGGCAGCAGCAGGGGUUGCGCUGCUGCUGCCGCUGGCAGAGCGCCCUCUUCCUGGUGCUGCUGCUGCAGUUUUUGCUGAGGUGCAGCACAGCCGCGUGCGGCGGCUGCUGCAGGCAAUUCGUUUGUCUCCUCUGGAGAGAAUUCGUAUAUCUGCAGCAGCAGCAGCAGCAGCAGCAGCAGGGCCCGGCCCGGCAGCAGCAGCAGCGGCCGAAGAAGCAGCAGGAGGCCCCGAAGCAGCAAGAGCAGCAGCAGCAGCAGCAGAGACGGCGAAAAAGCAGCCUCUUGCGCCACCGCCUGGCGCAGCAGCGGCAGCAAUACCACGAGCAGCAGCAGCAGCAACAGCAGCAGCAGCAGCAGCAACAGCUGAGGUCUCAGCUUUAG